GAGAGGGCUGUGGUAUUGAGUUGACGAGGUCGAUCGUCGGGAAUGGGUUCCAAGUAUCUUCACCUCAGGAAGAUUGCAUCUCACGCAGGAUUUUCAACGCAUUUUUCCUCCAAGGAUAAUUUAGCAAUUUUUAUGCAAAUAAUGGAUUUUGUAUGAAAAAAAGGGGGAUUAGCCGGUUAUUUCUCCUCAUCAAAUAUACAAGGUCACUCAAGAUUUAAGCUUCUCAAGGAUGAAGACUUCUACAUUAGUUAGGAUUUUAGAUUAUUGCUUCAGCCGUCCUCCCAUUACUGCCGGACACUCUCUUGCUCUCCGACGUCUCGUUUCCACUACUCCAACAAAGAGAAUGUUGGACAUAAAUCUGUUCAGGGAAGAUAAAGGUCACAACCCCGAAAUCAUUCGCGAAUCUCAGCGACGUCGUUUCGCCAACGUUGAUCUCGUUGAUGCGAUCAUUCAGCUUGACAAAGAAUGGCGUCAGCGUCAAUAUGAGCUCGAUCAGUUGCGGAAAGAUUUUAACAAGAUUAACAAAGAAGUAGCAAAGCUCAAAAUUUCGGGAGGGGAUGCGAGCGAAAUGAUUAAGAAUACUGAGGAUAACAAGCAAUUAACUGCAACAAAAGAAGCAGAAGUUCAGGAAGCUCGAGCAGCACUAUAUUCAAGAUUGGAAGUUAUUGGAAACCUUGUGCAUGAUUCAGUUCCAGUUAGCAAUGAUGAGGCAAACAACGCCAUAAUUCGAUCUUGGGGGGAGACAAGGUCCGAACCAAAACUUAAAAAUCAUGUAGAUCUUGUUGAGCUUCUUGGAAUUGCAGAUAUAAAGAAAGGUGCUAAUGUAGCAGGAGGUAGAGGCUUCUAUCUGAAAGGAGAUGGUGUAUGUCUUAACCAAGCUUUGAUCAACUUUGGUCUUAAUUUUUUGAAGAAAAGGGGGUACACGUCAUUGCAGACUCCAUUCUUCAUGAGAAAAGAUAUUAUGGCGAAGUGUGCUCAAUUAGCGCAAUUUGAUGAAGAGCUUUACAAGGUAACAUAUCUGAUGCUUUAA